AGCAUCGGUAAGAUGAUAUGUCCUGUCACCUCCUCGCUCCUCCCUCUUUCUGUUACUUUCCCCCAGCUCUGUUUUCCAGCCAAACCUGAUGGUGUGGCUAAAGUUAGCCCCCCAUGGGCUAGUAUAUAAGGCCCCAAGGGGCCAAUACUUACAUGUCAGUCACAUCGGCUUGGCGUAGGCUUCUCUUCUUGACCAACAACAACCCCACAAACUUGAGAGAUGGCACCCAAGAAGGCCAAGAGGAGGCAGCAGCAGGGUGAGGGUGGAUCCUCCAAUGUGUUCUCCAUGUUUGAGCAGAGCCAGAUUCAGGAGUACAAGGAGGCUUUCACAAUCAUCGACCAGAACAGAGAUGGCAUCAUCAGCAAGGAUGACCUCAGGGACGUGCUGGCCACCAUGGGCCAACUGAAUGUGAAGAAUGAGGAGCUUGAGGCCAUGGUGAAGGAGGCCAGCGGCCCCAUCAACUUCACUGUCUUCCUGACCAUGUUCGGCGAGAAGCUGAAGGGUGCUGACCCCGAGGACGUUAUUGUUAGCGCUUUCAAGGUCCUGGACCCCGAGGGUACCGGCUCCAUCAAGAAGGAAUUCCUUGAGGAGCUCCUGACCACCCAGUGCGACAGGUUCACCGCUGAGGAGAUGACCAACCUGUGGGCUGCCUUCCCCCCUGAUGUGGCUGGCAAUGUGGACUACAAGAACAUCUGCUACGUCAUCACACACGGAGAGGACAAGGAGGAGUAAAUCCCCCUCUCUCAAGACCUCUACCUCCAACAGAAGCUGUACUCACCCCACCAUUUACUCCGUCCUUCUUCUCCAACGCCGUAGCUUCCUUGCACACUCUCACACCCUGGCCCACUCUUUCCGCUUGCCAGCUCACUACAAAAAGACUAGUCUCCUUUCUCGAGAUACUCAGUGAGAGGACUGAAGGCUGUGGAUGUGUUUGUGUGUGAGUACCAACGGGGGAACAUGGGAUUAUUUUCAAUAAAAAUAAUCUUGUGACACUGAAACACUCUCUCUAUCUCUGUCCCUGGCUCUUGUUGCUCCUCCUUUUCACCCUUCCAUCACUCAUUCUGUCUUGAUGUGUUGGGGCCGACAGUGCAUGUAUCAUACCUACGGAUAUUGUGUAUGCAUAUGCAGUCCAGUGUACACAGUGGUCAGUCUCUUGGGUGCUGUGGUGCAUGCACAGUCACUUGCUUGAAACAAGUAAGUAGCCUGACUAAGACGGUCUGUUAGUUUCAACCUGAAACAGAGUGUUUUAUGGAUUUGUCCAAUGCUUUGUAUUGGAGAGGAGUGCAUAGUAAAAGAGUGGGGGUACUGUACUAUAAUAGUUUCCUACCCUCCUCUUUUAUUGCCUCUCAUAAAAAAGUAUGAAAGGAAAAGUUGUAGCAGAAAGAGGAACGCAUGGUUUUUUAAUCUUGUGACAAGCGAAAGAGAUGGUGAAAGAAGGCGAGGGGGAGGCAGGAAAGGCAUAAGCAAAAGUAAAACAUCUUUGUUUUCGACUCUCCUUCCUCCUGCUCACCACUGUUUCUCUCCUGUUGUUGUGACUCUGUCUAUGUCUCCGCUGUAACAAAUAAAGAAGUACAAAUAAAAUCCACUAUCUUUCGUA